AUGCUGGGAGAUUUCUUUCGAAAUCUUGCCGAGAUCGUCAUCAAUUCCGAGAGAGCUUUCUUGUGUACCUUGCUGGUAUGCUGUGGCUGUUUCCUUCUGUUCAGAGUCAACAUCUUGUUCAAGUGGACACCCCGGGCUCGUUCACUUGAAAGAGGACAGCAGAGCGAGGCAAAAGAGACUGUUGAAUCAUUGCCUCCCCAGGAUCAAUCCGCUGUCGAAGAGGUCCAAGAUCUCAGCGAAACGAAAUCUCAGACUUCCAUUCAUCCUCCACGCGCUGGGUAUCCCAUACAAAUUUUGCACGAGGAAAAUGAUGCGACUGUUGAGUAUGGCAAAUUCAUUGAUCUACCAAGUCUCCUCUAA